GGCCGGGACGCCGUCCCUCGUCAGUACACGCCCGCCUCUCGUGCAAAUCAGACGCCGUGCUGUUCCUUUCCUCAGAAGCUAGCCGCCCGUAGCGACUUCGCAACCGUCAGGUCACUCCCGCGCGUCCACACUCAAAGACCCACAUCACCCAUGGAGCUGGUAGAGUCCUCACAGGGAAACACCGCAGUUACCUCCAGGCUUGUUGGAGGAGAAACAAAUGAGCCAGUCUUCAGGCUGAAUCUUCCAGCAGGAUUCAGCGUCGUGGUGGACGACGUGGACACGGGCAGCCACGAGCAGCUGCAGCUGGAGGCCGAGGAGCGGCUGGAGCCGCAGCCGCAGCCGCGAGCCAAGACGCCCGAGGGAGAGGACGCCCCCGCACCCGAGGAGCAGCCGCCAGACGCCCGCAUCCGCCAGAUACAGGUGGAAGCUGAGAGCCGCAAGAGCGAGUUCGCACGGCUGCUGGAGGAGCACGCUCAGGUGGUGAUGCAGCUGAAGCAGAUGGAGAGCGACGAGGCGGUGUUGGCGCCCCCCGCCACCACCACCAGCGCCUAGGCGCCACCGAGCCACCGGCCGCCGGCCACAGCCGCCACAGGCCUACGACGGCGAUCCGUCAUUUCUCUCGCACCGUCAUUCCUCCUCUACCUAACCCUCCCCUAUGUCCUCUUCCUCAGGGACGUGAACGAACCAGCUGUCGCACCAGAGGGCCCAAUUUUCUUCGUCCCCUUUCUCUGUAAAUUUAGUAUUUGUCUUAGAACACUAACGUUUCACUGUUGUUGUCAUUCAGUCUGUGUUUUUUGUGAGAUAACGCUAAAUUUACAUUUCGAAUAAGAUUAAUAAUAAACUUUGUGCAAAGGCCACAUCGGAGCCCAGUUCCGUCUCAAGCUCUCUGAGUCCACUCGCUAACUACCCAGCAUUGCCCAUUUACUUAUUUCUCCUAGUCUUAUAACUAAAGUGCAGCUACCCACAGAGGUCCAGUGUUAGCUUAAUCAUUGCAGGGCAGCGAAGUUUGGUAGAUACUCUAACGUGUUGAUGCGGAGUCGAUUUACGCUGAAAAAAUUAGUUCCAGUUUUGUCCACCAGGUGCAAAUCUGGUGCCAUGAAUGCAAGAAAGACGUAUAAAAAUCUUUUCGUAUGCAAUGGAUUAGAAAUGGGACACGGGCAGAAAAAGUGAAACAAGAGAGAAGGGCAAAAUGUGCCACUUACACAAUUUGUUCAAUAUGAGCACCAGAGACAUUAACGAAUGUUGUACAGCGCCAGAUUUGCACUUGGUGACCAAAACAGGAAUUAAUUAUUUUUUUUAGAGCGUAAAUCGCUUCCUUCUUAACAUAUGAGCAUAUCUGGCAUGUUUUUCUGCCGUAUGACAAUUACAGCUCACACUAUACUUCCGUGAGCAGCUCCACUUCAGUUAUAACCGCCCGAUACCAUCUAGAAACAGUUUUGACUGAAAUUGCUGCAGGCAUUCCAGAGUAAUCCUGGAACAUACACAUAUACAUCUAAUUUUAUACACAGAGAGAGCAAAAUAUUUCGCGCACAGUGCCACAUAUUCAGUUACAAACGCAAAAGUUUUGUCCUCCAAUUCACUAUAUAACUAUACAACCAAUUCACUAUGUAACCAGAUAAAAUCGAGAAGUGAGUGUUCCUGUUCGCCAGGAAGAAUGAGCAACUGGACUGCAAAAUUUACCCUCGUUGAUGACAGUAUUUUUCCUACACCUCUUGCUCGGUUUUUCUCCUUACAGCUCCAACUUCGCGUGGCAUAAGACUGUACGCACUUCUUACUGUCGGCAACAUGGGGUCCACAAGUUCUUACACGAUCUCUCGCGCUCCACAAUUAAAUGAAUUUUUUCCCUUAUCUUUCCAAUAUCAUCUUGUAAAAUCUGGACGUUAGUGUGAUGUGUCAAACAUCUGUGGUAGAAUGAUAUAUCCGAAGUUUAACGGUCUCUUCAGUGUCUCUUUAAAUAGUUUACUUAUUCCCUUAUUUUGUGAACAGCAAGUCUAUAAAGGAAAAAAAAAUGAUGAUAAUUCUUGACUUGGGUGCAGCCUUCGAAAUAAUUUUCCUCCUUUCCGACUCAUGCUGUACAUAGAUUCAUUGACAACACCCUUCUAAGCGCUGCUCCUUAUUUACCAAUUAGUAAAACAUAUUUCUUAGCCGUAGGAAACAAAAAAUGAUCGAGUAUAGAUCUUAACUUUUCAGUUAAAUCAUGAAUAUUGUCUACAUUUGGCAUCCAGUGACUAUGUUAGAAUGGAUGCUCUGUCCUCUCUUUCCAUCGAUCAUUCAUUUAAUAUCCCCUGUAACUUUCGAAAUUGGGGUCAUCAGCUCAUGUUACUCCCUCCACAUCCAGCUUACGUAUUGGAAGCAUACACAGUGGAUGUCACAGAGAGCAUGAUGUUAUUGGGCUUCGAUGUCGCUUUUCAAGCCAUUAUAUUUCAUUGAUGGAUGUUGCCAUGACAACUGAAUAAGGUAGAAAUACGUCUUUCCUGUCACAAACCAUUACUGCGUUGCUUAAAUAAUCAUUCUUUAAAAAUUGUAUUUACUUCACAGAGAGACUAAAGUUGGUCUGUUGUUACUCACAAAGACUUAGUGACCACAGAUCACACAAUCAGCUACAAGUAUGUGUUUUAAAACACCAGCCGACUGGUUAUCGGACUAUUAUUUCUACCUUAUUCAGUAUGUAAACCAUGGUCGUGAAUACUAAAUAGCAAACGGUAAUCUGAUCCAAUGACCGUACCAGACCGUUCGUGUUGUAUUAGCUAUACACAGUAUACCAAAUCUCUGUCGUUGCGCUCAUGUCUCCCCCUUAUUAUGUCGGUUUUCAUGCUUUAUCUUCCACCCUUCUCCAUUGGAUUUAGAUGUCUCCUUUCCAUUCCUAUUGAAUGAAUGAUGCCAGUGUGCAGAUAGCGUCACCAGUGCCAUCUGGCGGCUCGAACUUUAAAUAUGAAGCAUUAUAGGAAAUAAGACCAUUACUGAUCAGAAUAUUAAUGCCCACCAAAAAAUAAAUAGUUUCUCAUAGGUUAACGUCAAACUGAUGAUAAUUAGCGACCGAGACAUAGGAUGAAAAAGAGAUAAUGCAUAAAACACGUCAUUAUUGGCUGCUAGAUGGUAUUAGUGUCAACUAUCGCAAGAUACUUGCCAAAGGAUGUGCUAUUGUUUCAUGUGCCACCACAGGCAGGAAACGGAGUCGAGAAAGGAAUGCUGUUAUACAUCCAUCAAAAUUACUUUUAAGACUUCUUGGAGAAGCAUGAAAGUAUGUGCUUUUUACAAUCUUGAUAUUUUUGACAUAAACCGAUCUUCUGGAGCUAUAAAAUAUAUUUCGGAUCUUAAUAUCACCAACAGUAGCACUUCUCUUCUGCUUGCCCACUAUUUAUUUCAUUUGGGUACCGUCUCUGACGCCAAACACAUAAAAAGAGGGAAAGCGAAAGAAUGCUAUUAUCUACAUUAUGAUACAACGUUUCAAACAAUUUUCUAAAUUAUUCGUGUGCUAAAUAACUAAACUCUUAAAAUUACGUUCUUAAAAAAUAUGAAAUUCCAGUUAGUUAUACCCCCUAAAUAUUUCGACCACUUGUCUUCAGUCGGCAUGUACACGAACAUCCUUGCAUCGAUCAAAAUCUGAUAUUUUCGACAUUAAAGAUAUUGCGAAAGAGGAAAAAGUAUUUUUAAUACGAGAAUAAGCAGGGGAGUCUAUUUAUUGUCGUUAUCCCAGUCAAGUCAUGCAUUGUUCCGCUUCAAAAAUUUAACGAGCCAGUUUGAAAACAUGUUGAAAAAACACAGAAAAUUGUACAUUAAGGUACUACAACAUAGUUGAUAAAUAUUUGUGUUGUUACAUGUUACAAAUAUGUAGUAUGGUUCAGUUAAGAAAUAUGAAACUAGAGUGAAAGAAAAGGAGUGGGACGAUUUGACAAUACUUUAUAUGAAUUAAUGUAAUUAUUGUGGAUAGAGGAUUGUUAUCAUUUACGUAUCAUGAGUAGUAAUUAGGAUUUAGAUAAUAAUACAUUUUUGUAUCAAUAUGUGUACAAAACUGAAAAUAAAUUUUGUUAACUA